UUUUCCGGUAUUGAUAACACGCCUCUGCCGAAUUAUGAUAUGAAACACACUGACAAGUUUAAAAAAAAAAAAUGUAGGAAUAGUAUGUUGAUAGCAGCGCGUUGGAGAUAUUAGAUCAAAUUCCAUCCUUAUUUACCUAGAAGUCACUUUUAGACCUAACUAAUCGCAAAGAAGGGUGUAGGUUAGUUAAUAGAGCACUGAUCAACUCGAUGGGCAAAAAUGGCGGAUGACAAGGAUCCCCUGAAAAAGUUGAAAGACUUGACACAGCUCAAAAAUCAAUUGGAGGAAAUCCAGAAGAGAGUGGAGAACGAAAUCUCUGUAGGAAUUCCUCAGGGUGGCUCGCUGUCGGGAUCUCCGUUCCUGAAGGGCUUCCUGGCUGGUUAUGUAGUGGCUAAGCUGCGCUCUUCCGCCAUCUUUGGGGUGCUGCUGGGGACAGUCACUGGCAUCUACGCAGCACAGAACUAUCAAGUGCCUAACAUUGAAAGGACCGUCAAAGACUUUCUCAACAACUUGAAAAAAAAGUAAUUUGGGCAGGCUGGCAAAAGCCUGGUGCUAGUUCUUGUUUGCUCAGUGAUGGACUGCAAUUU